GACUGUCACUUUUGCUUUAUGGUCUCCCUUCUACAAAUAAGCAGUAUUUCUCAUCCACCCUAUUUUUUCAAUUAUCAGCCGCUUAUUCACAGAAAUGGCUUCUAAAAGUGAAAAGGAUCGGGCGAAACAGAUCCAGGAUCGAUGUCAGAACAUUUUGAUACAAUUGCUCAAAGAUGAAGACAACAAAUAUUGUGUUGACUGUGAUGCCAAGGGGCCUCGCUGGGCGUCAUGGAACCUGGGCAUAUUUCUGUGCAUCCGGUGCGCUGGCAUCCACCGCAACCUCGGCGUCCAUAUCUCUAAGGUCAAGAGCGUGAAUUUGGACUCGUGGACCGCGGAACAAGUGGUAUACCUCCAACAAAUGGGCAACUCUCGAGCGCGUGCAGUCUACGAAGCUAACCUACCAGAUUCGUUCAGGAGACCACAGAACGACUCCUCGCUGGAAGCUUUCAUCCGCGCUAAGUACGAGCAUAAGAAGUACAUAGCGAAAGAAUGGGUGCCGCCUACUAUGCCAAAAGUUAACUGGGAUAAAGAGAUAGACGAAGAAUUAGAAAAACAAAAACGUAAAAAGAGAGCUACGACCUCUGGAUUGGGACCACUACCUGCACCAUCCACUGAUAAGAAAUAUAAUAAAUCCGAUGUCAUACCCAGUUUACCGAAACCGAAAUCAUCAGUAAGUCCCAAACUAGGCAGAAACACACCAACAAAUCAAGCUGAUACUAGUAAAACUUCCAACGGAUCUGCCGACUUAUUAGGCUUAGAUAGCACAACUACAAAACCAGAAGUUAAAUCCACAAACAAUGAUGAUAUCUUCUCGAGUUUCUUCUCAGCACCAGCAGAGAAACCAGACUUAAAACCAGAAGAAACCAAACCUGAUCUCAAAACCGAAGAGGAAAACUUCUUCAAACAAGCCGCACCAACGGAUAAGGAAAAGUCAAAAUUGACUAAAGAUAGUAUACUAGCGUUAUACAGUCAAACACCAUCGAACACUUUAGCGAGUCAGUUUAACCCUAUACAAUCUCAAUCUGGACAGUUUAACUCUGGACAGGCCCAACCUGGUCAGUUUAACCCAGUACAAUCUCAACCUGGUCAGUUUAACUCUGUACCACCUCAACCUGGCCAGUUUAACUCAGUACCUCCUCAACCUGGACAGUUUAACCCAGUGCAACCUCAAGGUAAUUUUUCGUUUAGCUCAGUGUACCAACCACCCUCGUACAACAGUUUGGGAAUGCAAAACGGUAUGCAAUCCUUUAACCAGUUCCAACCGAUGCCCAAUCAGUUCCAACAGGCGUUCCCAAAUCAAAUGCCGCAGCAGAUGCAAAAUGUUCAGUCUUUACAAAAUAUUCAGCCGUUACAGAGCGUUCAGCCUUCACAAAAUGUACAGCCGUUUCAGCCGAAUCAGUCAUUUUUCACUCAACAGAAUCCAUUAUCUCAACAGUUUGGCAGUCUCAAUUUAGGGCAGAAUUUUGCUAGCGCCUUCCCACCUAAUCCAAACGUAGCAAGCAAUACAUGGCAGUAGGUUCAUAUAAAUCUACCGCAGGUUAUUUAGCCCCUUGUUCAUGUGGCGUUAGAGUUCAUAAUCGUACUUCGUACGUACAGUACAUGCGCAUACGCACUUUUGUCGUGUGUGAGAACGAGCUUGAACUCAUAGCCUCGAUUGUGUUAAGUAAGCAAAUAUCGUUUAUGGAGUCAGUAUAAGUUAUUACACUUGUAAGGCGCACCGGAGCUUAUAAAAUAGUCGUCUGGUGACGCCGAUUUCAUUUUCCAUGCAUAGUUUUAGCAAAAACAGGUGAAAUUACACUUGUCAGCAACGAUCCGUAUUUAUCGAUAGAAAAUUACUGUUUCAAUGAAGAUUCGUUUUUCGAAGUUGUAAUAGACCGUUAAGGUUUUAUUAUUAUAUAUUUCAUCAUCAUCAUCAUCUGACUAUUAGCCAGCAGUCCCACUGCUGGACAUAGACUUACUGGGGCUGACACUGCCACUUUUUUUUAGUGCGGGCUACUACUGAGAAUGUAUACAGUAAAACCCUAUAUUUAGCAAACCCUUGACACAUUUACCAUUCAGUUUUAAAAAGGCCCCCAAUUUUAUUUUGCCCUGGGUACCUUGAUUACAUAAUCACGACACUAAUGGUGAGAAGCUGGUAGUAUAUGAUGGCCAUUUACGCUAUACUUAGUCUCACGGUGUGUAUACGUGUGAUCAAAACUUUAAAGCGAAUCGAUCCUGAAAAAUGACAUUUUACCCUUACUAAGCGGAUUUCGCAACAAGUCGCAUUUUAGGUUCGGUGAUGUUUAAAUGUGAGCCAUUUAUUUUGUUAACGCAAUUUAAUAAAAUAUCUGCCCUUGUAAAACCCUAGACCCUAGGACCGCAAUUAUUUUGUAUGUAACAGUGUACAAAACCUUCUGGCAUAGUUUCUUAAGAAGAAUAUGACAGUUUGUCACCUGAUUUUCAAAAGGAAUAAAGCUUUGGUUGCGUUCACAGUAAUUACAGAUCAGUAAAUUCUGAGUUCAUUUCGAAUGCUAUGUUUUUGUACCCUUGGGUACACGUUUACAUGUUUUUCCAGGACUAAAAGUAUCCUAUGUUACUCUCUGUCCUUCCAAAGUACUCUUAUGCAAAAAAUCAAGUCAGUAGAAAAGACACAUAAUUUCGCAAUACAAUGGCAAAAUAUUUCGUUUAAAGUUAUAUAAACAAAUUUCAUACGCCGAUACUUUCGAAAUCCAUGCUGCCAAGAAACCUUACUUAGCAAUAAUUGCGGAAACAAAAUUAAUAAAGUAUACAAAGAGGGAAUAUAUUUUUUUUGCGGAAAACAGUUAACGUGUUAUGUUCAUGACAUAACAAGUUAACUAUUUUCUGUGUUGUGUGUUUGGGUCUUACGAGGUUAGCAAAAAACGUAUUUACUUUGACAUUACGAGCUAUUACUCUAUGGAUAAAAAAACUAAAGUUUUUUUAAACUUUAUUUGCAGAUAAAUGAGCGGUCAAUAUUUAACAUAUUAUGUUAAAUUUCAAUUUAACAGCACUCUUCUCUGCAAAAAUACUUAUAAAAAAAUCUUUAAAAUGCAGAAUCUGUUAGUGUUCGGAUUAAGCUAAGUCGGCGGUAAUGGCUCGAUAUUAUCCAAUAAAGGGCUUUUAGCAUUUCGUUUCUACCCGCGUUAUUAUUAUUAAAAAUAUAUAUUAUUCUAACCUGGUUACACCCGUAAAUGCAUUUAGUUUAAUGCAAUAAAAAAAUAAACUAGCAUACAAUAACAAGCAAAAAUAGGUAAAUAUUAACAUUCAAGCUAAAAUGUCAACUUUUCAUAAUCUUGUCACGUAGCUCUUAUAGUAUAAUACGACCGCUGAAAAAUUAAGCGCCUCAUAUAUUUCCGUUGGUCAUAUAAAAUCAUAAUAAACAGU